GGCGCGUCCUCCUCCUGCGCCGCCUUCGCCGCCGCAGUUCCUGCGCCCGGGCAGCUUCGCCGGCACCAGCUCGGAGUGAGGGGCCGCCCUCCCGCCUCCUGCUGAGGAGGACGCUCCCCUCCUCCUCCUCCGCGGCAGCAGGGAUGAAAGCGGACUCCCCUUGAGGCGCCGGCCGCCUCCUCCUCCUCCUGGCGAUGCGCGCGCCCUUCCCGGGCAGGUAGGGCAGAGAGGCUGGGAUGGUGAAGAGGAAGUCAACAGAAACAUGCUUGUUGUCUCCACCUACAAUCUCUAGAUCAGUAGAUGUGGGACUUUGAUAUGGGUAUAUCCAGUAACCUUGCAGAAAUCAAUGGAAAACGAUGAAGUGGUGGUUGUAAGCAGCUGCAGUUCCCAUGAUGAUGAAAACGUCUACAGCUACAAGAGGCGCCCUUCAAUGUGUCAGGAGUUGCUUCUGGAAGAUCAGCUGAGAAGGAAACUUAAAUUUUUCUUCAUGAACCCCUGUGAAAAAUUCUGGGCCAGGGGAAGGAAGCCUUGGAAACUUGGGAUACAACUUCUGAAAAUUGCCAUGGUUACUAUCCAGCUGGUAGUGUUUGGGUUAAGCAACCAAAUGGUAGUGGAAUUUAAAGAGGAGAACACAGUGGCUUUUAAACAUCUCUUCCUGAAAGGCUACACGGACAGACUGGAUGACACCUAUGCAGUUUAUACGCAGAUGGAUGUCUAUGAUCAGAUCUAUUUCGCAAUAAAUCAGUAUUUACAGCUGCGUACCAUAUCUGUUGGAAAUCACGCCUACGAGAAGAGAGGAGCUGAAGAGACACCUAUGGCCAUAUGCCAAUACUUCUACAAGCGAGGAACCAUCUGUCCUGGAAAUGACACUUUUGAUAUUGAUCCAGAAAUCGAAACUGAAUGCUUUUAUGUGGAACCCAUGCUGCCUUUGGAAAACAAGACACUGGGGAAGAACGUUUUCAACUUCACUCUAGACUUCCAUAGACUCGUGACUCUGCAGCUCACUUUCAAACUGAAGGCUAUCAAUCUCCAGACGGUUCGUCAUCACGAACUACCAGAUUGCUAUGAUUUCACUCUGACGAUAGUCUUUGAUAACAAAGCACACAGUGGAAGAAUCAAAAUUAGCCUAGACAAUGAUAUUGCCAUCAAAGAAUGUAAAGACUGGCAUGUUUCUGGAUCACUACAGAAGAACACGCACUACAUGAUGAUCUUUGACGCCUUUGUUAUAUUGACAUGCCUAGCAUCCCUGGUUCUCUGCACACGAUCUGUGAUUAAAGGAGUUCGUCUGCAGAGGGAAUUUGUAACUUUCUUCCAACAACACUAUAAGAAAGAAGUCUCUUUCACGGAUCAGAUGGAAUUUGUGAAUGGCUGGUAUAUCAUGAUCAUAGUUAGUGAUGUUCUAACCCUAAUUGGUUCCACGCUGAAGAUGGAGAUACAGGCUAAGAGUCUAACCAGCUACGAUGUCUGCAGCAUCCUCUUGGGAACCUCCACCAUGCUCGUGUGGCUUGGAGUGAUUCGCUACCUAGGCUUCUUUCAGAAGUACAAUCUGCUUAUUUUGACACUACGUGCGGCUUUGCCCAACGUCAUCCGAUUUUGCUGUUGUGCUGCUAUGAUUUAUCUGGGCUAUUGUUUCUGCGGCUGGAUUGUGCUGGGCCCAUAUCACGUCAAGUUCCGUUCCUUGAACAUGGUUUCCGAGUGUCUCUUUUCGUUGAUAAAUGGAGACGACAUGUUUGCUACUUUUGCAAAGAUGCAGCAGAAAAGCUACUUGGUUUGGCUGUUCAGUCGGAUCUACCUCUACUCUUUCAUUAGCCUUUUUAUCUACAUGGUUCUGAGUCUCUUCAUUGCCCUUAUUACAGACACCUACGAAACAGUUAAGCACUACCAGCAAGAAGGCUUUCCAGAGACAGAGCUCCGUGCAUUCGUAGCACAGUGCAAAGAUCUACCAAACUCUGGGAGGUACAGGUUAGAAGACGAAGGCCCUGUAACAAUCUUCUGCUGCUGUAAAAGGUCUUAAUGAGAAUAGCAAGAAUUCUUGAAUAUAUUCGGAGAUUCCUGGACGGCGCUCUCAUUACAGAUACUUAACUGAACCAUCAAAGAGAAAAUUCCUGUACACAAGGCACGAAACACCCACGAAGGUCCUUGCAAGAUUAGCUAACUUUAAUUACUUCCUACUGCAUUUAUUAGAACUUCAGCAAAAAUCAAAGCAGAAUUGCCUGGGUUUAGAAGCAUUGUUGAAUAUAGGUAUAUUACUAUCAUAGUCCUACAGGCACCAUGUGUGAAUACUGUCCACUAAUGAUUAAGGACACUAGGUGUUUUUCAAAACUGCUUUGUUUGUUUUAGUUCUGUGUACACAUCUGCAUUACAAGUUGAGGCAGUGGCCUUCUUGAUGCUGCCAAUGGGUCAGGGCCAAAGUGAGGGUGCAGAGAAUAUCAAAACUUGUAAAAACCUAAUGGGCUUCAGGAGGGCCUUUUUUUCAGAGGGAACUCACAGGAACUCAGUUCCUGCACCUCUCAGCUGGGUGCUGUUGCCAUUCUGUGAGAACGAGGGAGGUGUUCAUGGUGAGUUCUGGCACCUCUUUUUCUAGAAAAAUAGCACUGGGCUUCGGUCUGAUAAAAACCUCUUUGAAAAGUACCCAAUAUUUAGAUGUAGCUCAGCGUCUUAGUGCAUUAAACAAGAAGUUGCUUGGAUGUGUUGAAUGGAAAGACUCUAGGCCAGAGGUAGCCACCAUGGUGAUCUCCGGAUGAACUAGACCUCCAACCAUCCCCGACCCAUGUUUGCUGCCAUCCCCAGCUACGCUUGCUGGGGCUGACGAGAGGGCGACAUACUGGCUUUUUCUGCCCCAGACAAAGAAGCAUAAUUAUGGUAAAUAAGAAAAUAUAUUUAAAAGAAUUAAGAGUUCACAUGGUAUUAAAAGUGAAAAAAUCAUGCUAAAAAUAUAACUGCAAAGCACAAGAAUUACAAUUCAAUGUUUUCUCUACACUUGGUCUAUGGCACUGUGUGACCCAGCAGGUCUGUGUGUGUGUGCGUGUGUGCAGAAAAUAGUUCUCUAUUUAAUGCAUCUGCAAAUUUGGUGUCCCAAGCAUGUGCUGUUUCAGACAACAGAGCAGAAAAAACUGCUCCACGAUGGACAGCCUGGGUAUUAUCCAGCCUAUAGAAAGUUCUGUGUUAGGUACAAAAAAGCUCUCCCCUUUAAAUAUUCUAAUAUCAGUGGAAACUGCUGUAGUCCUUGGCUAGACAGAAAAGAUUAAACCAAUGACAGUGAGAACUAGCAAACUAGGUUGGCAAGGCAGAGUAUUAUACACUCCACGAGAAAUCAUGCAGAUAGAAUUUGCCUCCUUUUAUGGCAGGCCUGGAGAACAUGUGGCCCUUCAGUUAUAGUCCUGCAACAUCUGGAGGGCUACAGGUCCCUAAUCUCUGCUGGUAGAUGCCCCAGUGGAGGGUCCCACUCACAGGAAGGAGGCAGUUCCUCUCAAACACCUAGCACUUAGCAGGAACGGUAGCUGGAAAAUGGGAUUUCCAUCCUUCUGAAAAAGGAGUUUGGUCAACUUAGUUGAUGAAACCGCAUAAAAAUCUUUCUAAUUUGCUACACACAUGUUCAGGUUUCUUCAGUGUGGUGUAAACAAAGUCUUAGUGGCUGGUGUUCUCUGCCAUUAUUUUGAUUUAAGUGGACAAAGAGACCAGGAUUGACACUCGCUGGAAAGAAGGAGGGACAUUCCUGUGUUUCACAUCCAUUAACACGAAACAAGGUGGUCAGAGAUGUGAACACUAAGUAAUGGAAAGCCCUAACGCAUUCCAUUGCAAAUGUAGUGUAAUUUUUCAUGCCUUUAUAUUAAACAAGUGCAGACUAUUUGCAAUAACAUAAGAGUGGGCAAGCACAUAGAACUACUCUAAAUAUAGCUCUUAAAACAAUUCUGCAACUUGUGUUAGAUGUUAGAACUGCUAAACACUGGUCCAAAACCCUUAUGUGGAACCCGACUUUUAUAGAUGCCUUAUUUGCUAAAUUAUAUUUACUGAGAAAGCAAAUGUGAAAAAAUAAAGGAAAUCUAUUUUUAGACUUUUAAAUGUUUCAGAUGUAAAAGCAACAAUCAUGACAGAGUACUACUGAAUGAGCAGAAAACUUUUUAUGUACUGUGUACAAACUUUGGAAAACAUUAUGUGUUGUUUGUUCACAUUUUAUAGGAUGCUAUGGUUAAGUAUUUAACUUGAACGUUAAUUAAUAUUGACACUGAGAAUAAAUUUUUGUUCAACCUGCAA